UGUCGCAUUGAGCCAGUUUUUAACUUGAAUAUCCCCCCAAGUUUACUAGUUACCUGGUAACCAAAAGCCUAGUCCAAUCCGUUGGCUACCUUUUAAAAAGUUACUUUUUACCCAAUCAAAACAAUCUUUGGAGGGACCUUUUGUUUUUCCUUGUUUUGUUUGUCAAUUUGUUUUUGUCUUCAAUUUUGUUAUGUUCUUAAAUUAAUUAUUUUUAUAUUACUUUUAGCUUUUCAUUCAAUUGAAAUCAUGGACAUCCCUGUUAAAAGAAAACUAAGAAUUUUGCGUGAGGAGAAUAAGAUAAGAGUGUUUGUAGACUCUGAUGAUUGUACGCUCCCAUCCACACCCCCACUUCACCGACAUGCCAAUUAUACUUCAACGUCAAGCUCAAACAAAACACAACAAGAAAUUUCAUCAGUAACGAGCAAAGCCAAACGAGCUCGUAAAAAUGUGUUUAAACAUAUGUUUAGCCUCUUUAAAAAAGCACCCAAACACUUCACACCAAACUCCCGUGUUCAAUCUUCCAUCGACGCAUUAAGUCGGAAUAUGAAUGAAAGAUUUGCUGCUUUAGAGGACCGACUUGACUCAUUAACUUCUCUAUCAAAUCUAGUUGGCAGUUUUAACAUCAAUUCCUCAGAUUAUACCAAUGGCUUUGGGGAAAUUGGACCAGAUUCACUAAAAAGAAUCAUCAAACAACAGAGACAGGAGUUACAAAACGAACGUCAAGAAUUUUUACUAUCAUUUGCCAAUGCUUUGAAACUCGCUGCUGAAUCGUCGACCCAAGGGGAAGCGUCUGUCUCUAAGACCAAUGGUACUGGACAUUGACGAAAUUUCUUCAAUAAUUUAAAGAAUCAACAAGAUUUUUCUACAAGAAAAUUUCAUCGAAUCGCCUUUCUUUAAUUCGGCAUUUAAAAAGAUGCCUUCUGUAUUUAUCAACUCAUCAAUCACCUCAAAUUAAUUCAAUUCCCGUCCAAUCUACCAUUCUGACUAUAAGUCAGUCCAUUUCCACUACGAUCUCCAGGAUUAUUGAUCAGAAAACCAGCGUAUUUUAAAUCUACUUUCAAUAAUCACCCUGAAUCAAAAAAGUACAAAUGAUGCUAAUAAAUGUUCAAAUAAUCAAAAACACUACAACCUCAAAAUAAAAACUGACCCUAAACAGUGCUUAUUGACUGUCAGGCCCAUUAAUAAUAA